AUGAUCACAGACCGUAUAAUACAACUCCUGGCCGAGAACUGGCUCCCGGCCGUCUUCGCCAUCGUGUUGGCGUUUCUGGCCAAGAACAGAUACCACAAUGGCCUGAACAAGUAUCCCGGACCGUUCCUGGCGUCCCUGACGGACUGGUGGAGGUUCGUCGACGUCUAUAAGCGGCGGCCAGACCGGACACAUAUCGCCCUGCACAAGAAGCACGGCAGCGUGGUCCGUCUAGGGCCCAAUGUUUUGUCAUUUUCGGACCCUGACGCCCUCAAGACCAUUUAUGGCCUCAACAAGGGCUUCGUGAAGUCGGAGUUCUACGUGGUCCAGCAGUCGGUGGUCAAGGGCCACAGCCUGCAGUCGCUGUUCAGCACUGUCGACAACGACUUCCACAUGCAGUUCCGCCGCUGCGUGAACUCGGCGUUUGCCAUGUCGGCGCUGGUCCAGUACGAGCCGUUUGUGGACAACACCACCAAGCUGUUCCUGAAGCAGACGGAGCGCCUCUACAUCGACAAGCCCGAGCCUUGCGACUUCACCCGCUGGCUGCAGUUCUAUGCCUUUGACGUGAUUGGCGAGAUCACGUACAGCAAGCGGCACGGCUUCAUCGAGAAGAACGAGGAUAUUGACGGCAUUGUGGCGUACCUGACAAAGCUGUUUCUCUAUGUGGCGCCGAUCGGCCAGAUCCCCCUCCUCGACCGCCUCUUGCUCAAAAACCCCAUCUACCUGAAGCUGUCGCAGUGGGGGCUCGUCGACUCGACAAUGCCCGUAGCCCGAUUCGCGCGGGCGCGCAUGGCCGAGCGCCUCCCCGAGCUCGAGAGCGGCAAGCCGUCUCUGCUGCCGACGUCGGAAAAGACGCCGCUCGUCAAGUCGCCCGACCUCCUGUCCAAGUUCCUCGCCGCGCGCGAGGCGCGCCCCGACUUCAUGACGGACAAUCUAGUGCAGACCAUGGCCGUGUCGAUGGCGUUUGCCGGCUCCGAAACCACGGCCAUCUCGCUGUCGGCCGUCUUUUAUUUCCUGCUCAAGAACCCGCCGGCCCUCGCCAGCCUGCUCGCCGAGAUCGACGGCGCCGCGCGCCAGGGCCGCUUCAGCGACUACGAGAGCGGCCUCGUCACGUGGCACGAGAGCCAGACGCUGCCGUACCUCGACGCGUGCGUCAAGGAGGCCUUCCGGCUGCAUCCGGCGCCCGGCCUGCCCAUGGAGCGCAUCGUGCCCGAGGGCGGCCUCGAGAUCGCCGGCCACCGCGUCAGGGGCGGCACCAUCGUCGGCUGCUCGGCCUGGGUCAUCCACCGCAACAAGGACGUGUUUGGUACCGACGUUGAGGCGUUCCAACCCGAGCGCUGGCUCGUCGACGACGAGCAGCGCGUCAAGGUCAUGAACGGCACCAUGCUCCAGUUCGGCAUGGGCAGCCGCACGUGCAUCGGCAAGAACAUUAGUCUGCUGGAGAUUUACAAGCUGGUGCCGAGCAUGCUGCGGAGGUUUGAGAUCGAGUUCGACGACCCGUCCCAGGAAUGGGAGAUUGUCAACGCCUGGUUCGUUAAGCAGAGCAACUUCACCACGCGGUUCAAGCUCCGCAACAUUGUCAUGCCCGACGAGGGCGUCAGCGCCGCCGCAGCACAUGUCGCGGCGUGA